UUACAGUGAGUUUCAUCACUGAUGUUCAAACAUUGCCAGGCUUUUUGACCGAAGGCAUUUUAUGGGACGCAGCAGGAGACAGCUGCCGCUGUGACGUCAUGUCCCUGACAGUUAUAGCACCACACCAUCGUCCUUCAACCUAGCUUUUCCAUUGUUAGUGUAAAUGUGCUUAAACCUCUAAAUCGCGUGUGUUCUUUUUUAUAUUUUUUUCCCACUGACUACCAAGAGGUCACCAGUUGUGCGGCCCACAUGCCUCCCUUCCUGUUUCAGCCUCCCUCUCUGUCUGAUCACAUGUGAAAUGUUCCUCUUGCAGAUUGUUGUUUAGUGCCGACUGAGCUUAGGAUGAUCUCAUGAGGUUCGAAAGAAAGAUUUUGGGCAAGUUACUCUGGAAAGAGUCAUAAACAAAAGAGGAAGCUUACAGUCUUAUGCAGACAGAGGCAGAGGGACUUCUAGGAAAGACAGAGCUCAGUAAUCCUCGAGAAUGAGAGUUCGUCGCAGGAGGAACAGCAAUCUGGAUAGUAACACACCGACCUCCCUCGGUAGUCUGCCUUCGGGAAACUUUGGGGCGAAAGACAAUCUACAGGCUUAUAAGAGUGGCCAGGGGGACACGGAAGAGUGCCUAAAGCUUUCGUGGUAUCACAUUCCUGUACAAAGCUGUUGGCUGGUUGAUGUCAGAGCAGUGGGUUUACUGUUGGCAGGGCUUAUUGGGCUGUUUCAUGCAUGGUGUGUUUAUUCCAUACAUGAGAAUCUGCUGUGGUUUUCACACCUAAAGGAAGUCGAGCGAGAAAUCUCUUUCCGGACAGAAUGUGGCCUUUAUUACUCUUACUACAAACAGAUGUUGAAGGCCCCUUCUAUACAGCAAGGUCUUUAUGAGCUUAUUUAUGACAACACUACUGAGUCCAGGAGGACAAUAAACAUCCUGCAGCGUAUGAAUAUCUACCAAGAAGUGUUUCUUAGUAUUUUAUACAGAAUACUGCCUAUCCAGGCCUACUUGGAGCCAAUUUAUUUCUACAUCUACACAGUGUUUGCUUUGCAGACGGUGUAUGUCAUAGCUCUCUUUAUCACUAGCUGGUUACUCAGUAAUUCCUGGCUGGCCGGAGCUCUCGCUGGAGUGUGGUACAUUCUCAACAGAGUAGACACCACACGUGUUGAGUUUACCAUCUCUCUGAGGGAGAACUGGUCUAUACCUUUCCUUGCUCUUCAGGUAGCAGCUAUAACCUGCUACUUAAGGCCACAACUAAAGCCUAUUCAAAAGAGGGUGGUGCUGUGGCUGGUGUUCGUAGCAACCUUCUGCUUCUGUUUAACAUGGCAGUUCAAUCAGUUUGUCCUGUUGGUUCAAGCUCUUAUAAUCUUUACUCUGGACUGCUUGGAUUUCUUCACAGCGGAGCAGGUGGUGUCUUUGUACCUGAUCCAAGUGUUGAGUCUGUUAUUAGUUUGGUUACUGCAGUUCUGUAAUUCAAUGAUUCUGGGCUCUCUGGUACUCAGCUUCAUUGUGUCUGCUCUCUUUAUCAGACACUUCCAGACUGGGCUUAAAACAGGUGGCUUUGUUAGACGAAUAGGGAAACUUUGUCUUCACACACUCCUGGUCCUCGCAUUAACUUUCAUCAUCAAUUAUUCAACCAAGAGAAUACUUCAGCUGAAAUCGGACGAGCACAUCUUUAAGUUCAUAAAGGUCAAGCUUGGCUUUGGCGCUACGAGAGACUUUGAUGCCAGUCUCUAUCUGUGUGAAGAGGCCUUUGGCUUGUUGCCAUUGGAUACAUUCGAGCGCUUGGCUGGCACAGUAUUGCUGUAUCCGUAUCUCUGCACCCUCACCGCUCUCUUCAUUCUCUUUCUGCUGGUGGCUCUUUCUAAUCUCAGCUCGAGUGGUUCGGGCCCAACGAGCAGGGAAAAAGAGGAAAGGACCUUUAGCAUGAGCCCAGACGUCGCUUACAAUUUAUUGCACACCAUCUUCUUUGGCCUGCUCGCCUUUUCGACUAUGAGGAUGAAAUAUUUGUGGACUGGGCAUAUGUGUGCAUUCGCUGCCUUUGGGAUAUGUGGUAAGGAGGUCUGGACGUUGUAUCUGAAAGUCCUUCAUUGCAACACUAAAACCACGAUGAGACUGAUCAGGUACUCGGUUCCAAUUUUAAUUCUGGCGUUUCUUUAUUACAAGUUUUGGCCCAGACUGAUGGAGGAGAUUUCUGAGCUCAGAGAGUUUUAUGACCCCGACACCGUGGAGCUAAUGGAGUGGAUUAGAUUGAAGACGCCAAAACGGGCAGUGUUUGCCGGCAGUAUGCAGCUGUUGGCAGGGAUUAAGCUGUGUACAGGAAGAGUAUUGACAAACCACCCACACUAUGAGGACAUGGCGCUAAGGGAGAGGACAAGAGAGGUAUAUCAGAUCUACGCACGUCAGUCUGCUGAAGAGGUUCAUAAAAUUCUCAGCUCAGUUGGAGCCGACUACAUCGUGCUCGAAGACAGCAUCUGCUACGAGCGCAGACACAGCCGUGGCUGCAGGCUGAGAGAUCUGCUCGACCUGGCAAACGGACAUAUAAUGGACGGUUCUGGGGAAAACGAGCCGGAUCUGGUCCCGGCGUCCCACCCUCGGUUUUGUGAGGCCAUUAAGACGGACGUGCCUCCGUAUUCAUCCCUCUUCACUCGAGUGUUCAAAAACAAAACCUUCCAUGUGUGCAAACUAAAGAAACCCAAGAAGAAAAAGAAGGCAGACAGUGGGGCGUAGUGCAAACUCUCACAGUCCGCCGUUGCCCAACUCACUGAAUGGCUGUACGGCCCAUCUGGAAUGUGCAGUGGCUGUGUGAUAAUAGCAGGUGUUUGUGUGCGUGUGUGUGCGUGUGGCUGUGUGCAUGAGAGAUCAGAGAGAUGCCUGAUUGAGCCAGCACGCGCUAGAUGAUUUGAUGUGUGUUUGUGUGUGUAAAUCAUGUUCUGAGCCAGUCUGCUGCAACAGGAGUUUAACAUGAAGAGAGUGGAGGAAAAUCUCUUUCGCUACACUCUGUUGAGCUCUCUCUCUCUCUGUCUCAACAUCAUUCCUCUUUUAACCCUUCCUCUAAACAAACAUUUACGCACAUUCAGUGCCAGUAAGGGCACAGGUCACUCAAUAACAUUUCUGUUACAUACUUACAAUAUUAUUUUAUUUCGUGGAGAACACAAUGUGAAUUUUAUUUACAAUUCUAGAAGAAUUAUUUGGAGUUAAGGAUGAUUAGGAUGAUGUCAAUGUCCAAAAUGAUGAAUAAAUAUAUUAUAAAAGUGGUACCAUUGAUUUUUAACGCUAUGUUGCAGGUUUUCAGAAGCCAUGUGUAACCCUGGACCACAAAACUAGUCAUCAUUUUUGAAAUUUGGAUUUCGUAAAUAAUCUCAAAAUAAGCUUUACAUUGAUGUAUGGUUUGUAAAGAUAGGACUGUAUUUGACUGAGAUACAACUCUGGGAAAAAUCUGGAAUCUGAGGGUGCAAAAAAUCUAAAUAUUAAGAAAAUCAUCAAAAGUUGUCUAACGCAGUGGUUCUCAAACUGGGGGCCGCGAGAUGGUGCCAGGGGGGCCCCAGUUUUAUGACAUUUUAUAAAAUACAUGAAUUUAUCAUGAAUUCUGUGUAAUUAAACCAAAAAAUAUAUAAGGCUACUAACUAACAGCACUUCUUUUAAUUUUAUAUGUUUUGUUUCAUUAAAAUUUUACAUAUUAGAACAAAUUUGUCAUAAAUUUUCUUUGGGGGGGCCGCGAAGAAAUGCACUGUACACAAGGGGGGCCGCACGCUGAAAAAGUUUGAGAACCACUGGUCUAACUGAAGUCCUUAGCAUAUAUUACUAAUACAUUUUUUUUUUGGAUAAAUUUAUGAUAGGAAAUUUACAAAAAAUCUUCAUGGAACAUGAUCUUUACUUAAUAUCCUAAUGAUUGUUGGUAUAAAAUGAAUAAAUUUGACCCAGACAAUGUUUUCCGGUUAUUGCUACAAAUGAAGAGUUUGGUUCCAAAACACGAUAAAUGCCAUUUUUUUAAAUUAGUUUUGUAUCAGGUCAGUAUUAAAAAGUAAAUAAAAUCAACUGUGUUAUUCUAUCAUUUUUUCUUAAUUUUUUUCCCAAAACGUGAUAAACGGCAGUCCUCCUCCUCUGCAAAAUGCAAUAAAUCCGUUCAACAAAUCACAGCGCACCAUUCCACGCAUUGUAAACAACAAUUGCGGUCCGUUGAAUACAUGGAAUCUUAGUUUUCCUCAUCUUGUACUUCUUGAUCAACAAACAAACAAAAACAAAAUAAUACUUUGAUGGCAUUGAUAAACCUGUGGUGGUUUUCUGUGGCGAGGAAGAAUCUAAUAAUUUACGCGAGAGGCACUCGGGAGACGGAAAAAUGCGGGUUUACAUGUUGAUUCAAUAGAUUUACAGCAUUUUAAAACAAAAUUGUCAAGGAUUUAUUUUAUUUUGUGGAAAAAAUUAUCAGUUUUCAUAAUAAAUCUUUAAAAAUCAAAUUAUGUAUUUGAAUUUUUAAUGUUAUUAUAACCUAGAGAUGCUAUGUGAAAGUUUGUAACAGAAAAUAGUGGUUUUCAUCUUGUCACUUUCUUGGUAUAGAAAACAUGUUUUUACCCAAAUUAGUCAAAAUGGAUUUUUUGCGUUUUGGAACCAAACUCUUUAAAUAUUCAUGUGCUACUUAUGGUUUUGUGGUCCAGGGUCACCAAUGAUUUUUUUGUGUGAGGAACAAAACAAAAUACUCCUAUUACUCCUUGGCCCAUCAUUUAGUCAGGGUCAGGGAGUUGCUACUUCUCGAAAAAACUCUUAGGUUUGAUCUUUUCAAUGGAUGAGUUGAUUUACAGAAUCUAAAUGAUUUGUUUACGAAUCAGACGGAUCUGGUUUUCAAGUUCAAUUCACUGACUUAAUUAUCUGGUUGCAGCAGUUAACAGCUUACCGGAGUGGAAGAUUCUAAAUGAAUAGAAACUUUUUUGUGCCAAGCUAUGGACUUUUCUAAAACCGCUCGAAUCCUUCGGAUCACUUGUAUUUUUCAUUUUGGAGCUUGACAGCCCCUGUCCUCGUUCGCUUUUAUAACAGAGACGGGAGCGCACAGGAUAUUUUUCAAGAAACAAAUCUAACACAACUGCUUUCACAACCUCAUUCCUCUCUCACAUUUCCAACCCAAUGAAGUGAAGAAAUGGAGAUGGGGCAAAUGGUUGGCAGUAAUUGGAAUUCACAAGAGCAGUUUGGGGUAAUUUGUGUCUAUGGCGGUGUUGUCAUUACAUUUGCCAAACUGUUGGCCUGUGUCAACAAACUUGGGCUUUUAGACUCAGCGCUACAUCCUGCUGUCUGGCUGCUUUUAAUGAGAACACAGUUUCGUACGUCCAUACAUCUAAAAAAUGGCUGCUUUUGGUUCCUCUAACAAUGACAAAUCUGGAGAAUCAACCUUACUUAUGGGUGCCAAGAAUGUGCCAUUAAUCUUUAUUGUAGGAAUAAAUUGUCACACCACUGUUGUUACUUAUUCAGUGUACUAAUUAGUGUAGGAUUAUAAAUUAGCGCUUGCCAUGUUGUUGUUACAGUUAUUUUUCUUGUUUGUUCUUAUUAUAGCUUUUAUAAUGAGCUCUUCAAAGCAGACAUCUCCAAAUCACACCUCAAAAAAAUUAUUUCCUCUCUCUCUAUAUAUAUAAUUGGGAAUGAUUUGUUUAGGUGCAUUUUGGAGAUGUUUGUAUGGGAGUCAGAGAUUUUAAACUAAUUUACGCAAAUGAAAUGCAAUAGUCUUUUUUUCAUGAUUUUUCCAGAGCUGCAGAGACAAGACACACAUUCCUGUUUUUUCUUUAUUAGCCAUUAAAGGUGCAGUUUGUAACUUUUAGAAGCAUCUCUUGACAUAAAUUCAGUAUAAUAUACAUAACUAUAUUAUUUAUCAGUGGUGUAUAAAGACACUACAUAAUAAACUGUAUUGUUUCUCUUACAAUGAGUCGUUUUAAUCUACAUACACCACGGGUCCCCUCACAUGAAAGUCGCCAUGUUUCUACAGUAGCCCUAAAUGGACAAAUUGCUCUACAGAGUGCGUUUCGUCACUACUGUAUUUUGUCUUAGACGUCAACAUGUUUGUCCUGUGGCUUCUCUAUGCGUUUCUGUGAAAUGUAGACUGAGCCGUUUGUUGCAAUUCACAAUCUCAUUGCUAGAUGCAGCUAAAAUCUACACACUGCACCUUUAAUAAAUUGUAUUUAGGGUAGUGAAACUGAGAUUUUUUGAUCAGUGUCUUUUUAGCACAAGCUGUAACAUUUAUUAAAUGGUCAACAAUGAUCCAUCUUCUGAUAUAAAGGAUAAGCUUUUAGCACAUGAAAAAAAUACCUUUUCAUUUUCAAAAAAGCUCUGUUGAACUAAACGUCUUUUACUGAGCUGUUGGUUUAAUGAAUCAUCUUUUUGAAAGACCUUUUGAAGAUCUUUGGGUUGUGCAAAAUUCUUUCUGAUUACUUUCUAGACAAUUAUUUUCUGUUUGUAGCUAGAGGGCUGCUCGAUGACACUCUGUGAUUGUAUUAUGAUACGGUGAAACAGCUAUUGUUAUGUUACCUGUCAAACAGUUUAUAUUAAAAUCUUUCCUUUGCACAGUGUCUCUGUCACAACACAUCGUCCCUCAGCAGAUGAUCAUAUGUGGUGUUAGCUCAUAAUGACUUAGUACAGUAUGUUGACUUCGUUAGCUGUAAGAUUUUUGUGUAUAGUUCAUUUUGAUUGUUACAUUGCACUAGUUUGUACUGUGGUAUGUCAUGCAAAUGAAUGAUGUUAUUUUAUGUAAAAGUGUUUGUCGUUAUAAUUGCCAUUUAUGGUAUGUCCUAUGUGUGGUUUCCAUUUUUGUAAUAAAAAGAUCCAUUUGUUGAAUGCUAAA